GGCAGCUCCCCCCUCGCUCCCCGGUUUCCCGCCCCGCCCGCCCUCCGGCCGCGUCCCUGCUGGACCUGCCGACGUGGCGGGGCGGGACGGAGGGCGCUCCCGCCUGCACUCGGCCGCCGGAGCGAUAUUAAAAUGUCUGAUGAUGCUGAUGACGCCUUGGCCACUGGCGACGGAGCAGAAAUGACUGAGAUGCCCGAGAUGCCUACUAGUGAUUCUGUACCUGAAGACGCAGCAUUGCAAUGUGAUUCAGCUACCUGUUCAAAUGAGCCAGUGCCGGCUGACUCCGGAGGAGAUGGUUUGCAGGAGAAUGCAGCUGGUCAGGGUGCAGAGACUGCUGCCCACGGGAGCCCAGUGCCAUCCACAGACACCACUGUCCUGGAGCCCCCUCUCCACAGAGAAGUGACUGAGGAUGCACUUGCUGAGUGCAUUGAGGCUGUCAGCCUCGAGGGAGAACCUGGAUCUGACAUACCCCUGGUGGAACAGAAUGAUCGGGCUGUGGAUUCCCCUCCGCGGGGUGGAGGAUGGGCCGGCUGGGGCUCCUGGGGCAAAUCUCUGCUUUCGUCCGCAUCUGCCACAGUGGGUCAUGGAUUGACAGCAGUCAAGGAAAAGGCCGGGGCCACCCUACGAAUUCACAGUGUAAACUCUGGAUCUUCCGAAGGGGCCCAACCUGAUGCUGAAACCAGAGUCCCUGAAAAUGUGGCUACAGAUCAAGACCCUGCAGGAAGCACCCCCACCUCUCCUGCAGCGGGCUCUGGCUCUCGGGGCAUGCUCUCCGCCCUCACCAAUGUGGUUCAGAACACUGGCAAAAGCGUCUUAACGGGAGGCCUUGAUGCUUUGGAAUUCAUUGGCAAAAAAACUAUGAAUGUCCUUGCAGAAAGUGACCCAGGAUUUAAGCGGACUAAGACACUCAUGGAGAGAACCGUUUCCUUGUCCCAGAUGUUAAGGGAAGCCAAGGAGAAAGAGAAGCAGAGGCUGGCCCAGCAGCUCACAGUGGAGAGAACGCCACACUACGGGAUGCUGUUUGAUGAAUACCAAGGUUUGUCCCACCUGGAAGCCCUGGAAAUUCUGUCCAAUGAAAGUGAAAGCAAGGUUCAGUCAUUUUUAGCAUCGCUGGAUGGGGAAAAGCUGGAACACUUAAAAAAUGACCUAAUUUCCAUUAAAGACAUCUUUGCAGCCAAAGAAUUAGAGAGUAAGGAGAAUCAAGAAGAACAAGGCUUAGAAGAAAAGGGAGAAGAGUUUGCUCGCAUGCUUACAGAGCUUCUGUUUGAAUUACAUGUCGCAGCCACUCCUGACAAACUCAAUAAGGCCAUGAAAAAGGCCCAUGAUUGGGUAGAAGAGGAUCAGACCUUGGUGUCAGUAGAUGUGGCCACAGAGUCAGAGGAGGAAACUAAGAAGGAGGAAAAGGAAAGGAAGACUGAAGAACUUCAGAAGGACAAAAAGGAGGAAAAGAGAACUAAGACCAUAGAGGAAGUGUACAUACUGUCCAUUGAAAGUCUGGCGGAAGUCACUGCACGUUGUAUCGAGCAGCUUCAUAAAGUUGCAGAAUUAAUUCUUCACGGACAAGAAGAGGAGAAACCAGCCCAGGAUCAAGCAAAAGUUCUGAUAAAGUUAACUACUGCAAUGUGCAAUGAAGUGACUUCCUUAUCAAAGAAGUUUACAAAUUCUUUAACUACUGUUGGGAGCAACAAGAAGGCUGAGGUCCUUAACCCCAUGAUCAAUAGUGUAUUGUUAGAGGGCUGCAAUAGCACGACAUACAUCCAGGAUGCCUUCCAGCUGCUGCUGCCUGUCCUGCAGGUGUCACAUAUCCAGACCAGUUGUUUGAAAGCACAGCCAUGACCUUACAUGACACUGUGCAGGGAGAAAGGCCACAGUGUGUCUGUGUGCACUGGUAAAAAGGAUGUUUUGAUGCAACUGGUCCAAGAUGCCCAUUUGAGAACACUACAAGCAGUUUUGUACAGCCAGUAUUAUUGAAAGUUUAAAGGGUGUUACCAUUUUUCUUAAUGUAUAUGAUUGUUUUGCAAAUAAUUGUUUUCUGUAUGUUAAUUUAAAUGUAUACAGUUUAUAUUGAAAGUUUCCUUUCAUUUAAAAUUCUUUCCCACAUAGUCAUGUCUGUUUUCCCUAGUCAAGCGUGCUAUAUUUAGAGAUUCAGAGGCAAACCUUAGAUUUUUUUUAAUCUUAAAUUUCUAUCUGUAAAUGUCACAUCAAUUUUUGUACUGAACUUUGUUUUGUUACCUAAAUGUCAUGGGCAAAAAUAACACUACUUACAGAUCCUAUCUGUUGUGGUAUAAGAGAAAUGUAAGUAUCUCUUUAUAGUCAUUCAUUCUUACAAUAAGCAUUUAUUGAGCACCUGUUAUGUGCUCACAGUAAAGCAACAUAGUCUCGCCCCAGGUGAGACAGAUACUCUAAAAGAGGGUUUACAAGAUAAUACUUAAAAUACUUUGAAAUACCAGUGAGUUUUCUAAAUCUUAAGACAUUGAGAACAAGGUAAAUUGGUGCUUUUUAAAAUGUUCUAUCCUUCAAUUUAUUCUAUUGUCCUAACCUUGAAUUUUUUUAAUCCCAUCUUUAAAUGCAGGGUGAAAAUGUGUAUGAAAAGGAGAAUUAAAGACUAUUUAGUUUAAAAUUGAUUUCUUAUGAUCAUAAGCACAUGAUGGCAUAAUUUCAAAGCUUCAAAGUAUUAAAUAGGAAAUUGAAGGGAUCUUUGGGUUGCAUUUAACAAAUCUACUACACUGAUCAUGCUCACUGUUGGGAAAGACAGAAAAUACUAAUGUGUGGGUGACUGGCUGGUGUGUUAAAGACCCUCCUUGCACCUGGGAGACAUCAUAAUGAACACCUGUGAGCCCCACACUUAUCACAGAUGAUGCUGGGGGAUGCUCCUGCCCCGCAGCCCCCCCUGCAAUCCCUAUCAGCAGUGUCAGAAGGAAUCUUGCCUGGUGGCUGUCUCCAAGGUAAAUGAAGCUUGUGGUUUUGCAAGGGGUGAAAAUCCCUUGUUCAUGUUUGCUUCUAUUCCCCUGAUAGAGUCAACUGCCUUUGUUCCCUACAGACCAUGUAGGGACGUUUCAGCAUCAUCCUGCUUCUCAUUAACAUUUCAUUUGUCUUCGCUCUGUAUUUCAUUUGUGUAUCUCUGAAACAGCCAAGUAGAAAACAUCAGAACAAUUUCUUUACAACUUGGAAAAAUAAGAUUCUCUGAGGAAUCAAUUAAAGAUGUUUCUUUUCUCCUUU